CACAUCCUCAAAAUAAUUUCCGUUUCCGUUUACAGAGCGGCUCUCAUCGAGUAUAUACUUGGCUCAAUAACAUAAUCUACAGUCUUUUUCAAUAAAACAUUUCGAUAUCUAGCUGCUAAAAUGUUUUUGACCAGAUCAGAAUACGACCGUGGUGUAAAUACUUUUUCUCCUGAAGGUCGUCUGUUUCAAGUGGAAUAUGCAAUCGAAGCUAUAAAAUUGGGCUCAACAGCUAUAGGAAUACAAACGGCCGAGGGUGUUGUUUUAGCCGUUGAAAAAAGAGUAACUUCUCCACUCAUAGAAGCUAACAGCAUUGAAAAGAUUAUGGAAGUUGACACUCAUAUCGGUUGUGCAAUGAGUGGACUUAUCGCUGACUCCAGAACAAUGAUAGACAGAGCAAGAUUGGAAGCUCAAAACCACUGGUUUACUUACAAUGAGAGAAUGAGUGUAGAAAGUGUUACUCAAGCAGUUAGCAAUCUGGCAUUAGCUUUUGGAGAUGAUGACGCGGAUCCUGGUGCAAUGAGUCGACCAUUCGGGGUAGCUCUAUUGUUUGCCGGUGUAGAUGAAAAAGGACCACAACUGUUCCAUAUGGAUCCAUCGGGAACGUUCAUUCAGUACGAUGCAAAGGCGAUUGGAUCCGGUUCGGAAGGCGCUCAACAAGCGUUGCAAGACGUCUACCAUAAAUCAAUGACCUUGAAAGAAGCUUGUAAACAGGCUCUUACCAUCCUUAAGCAAGUAAUGGAAGAAAAAUUAAAUGAAACCAACGUUGAGAUGGCGGUCGUAACCCCUGAAAAGAUGUUUCAAAUGUUUUCAAAGGAUGAGCUUCAGGACGUUAUAAAAGAGUUGUAGGUUUCUUGAUUGCCCUAUACAUCAAUGACCUUGGUAAAUAAAAUUUGAAUAUGUAAAACAUAUGGAAUAGUUUCGUUGAUUUGGCUAUUAGUUUUAUAUUGACAGCUAUAUCUUCGUUGAAGGCUACUUUGAAGGGAAACGAUAUUAGCUAUCAGCUAAUCAUGGCAAGUAGGCUUUGGGACCGCUUCCAUGUGGCAUUACGAUAGUGGAGUAAAUAAAAUCGUUGGUUCCUUUCGCUUUUCAAUAUAACGUCAAACGUUUUACUGCUGAAUUGACAACAACCUAUCCGGUUGCAUAGAAAUGAUGCAUCCAAUAUAAUAAACAAACGACUGUGUCAGAGUAGAGCAGAAAGAAAUUGCUCUUUCAGUAGCCCCUUUCGAUGUUUAAUGUAUUAUUUUGCCAUGGGCAAUCUGCAAUUUUUUACCAAACCUAAAAUGUGCUAAAAUUGAUGUCAAACCACUAUACUAUCAAUUUACUGCCAUGGCUAUUGAUUUCACCGCUACUUCUCUGAGUCUUCUUCCUUUAUAGGUACCGGUUGACCUUUGUAGAAAGACGUUUCAGAGAAGAGAAACCACAGUUUACCAGCCCAAAGUAGAG